UCCCCAAAUGUGAGUGUGGUUGUUUAUUAUUUUUCGAAAAAACUAUGUUAUUGAUGUGAAUACUCAGUAGAAUUUGUAUAUGUAAAUGUUAGCUUUAUCAGCUAAAGUGCUCAUAAUGGUAUUUAAGUACUAAUAGACAUUAAAUCACUACACAAAAUGACGAAUCAAGUGGCGCAGUUUGUUGCGGGUUUGAAGUCCCGAAAUGUGGACAUACAGAUCAAGACAGCCCGGGAGCUAUACCACUUCGCUAAAACGGAGCUUCGAGAAGUGCCACAGGAGGAACUCACGCAGUUUCUCGAUGAAUUCAACCACCAAAUUUUUGAAAUGGUUUCCAGCAAUGACGUUCAUGAGAAAAAAGGCGGCGUGCUAGCCAUAGUGUGCCUGAUUGGUGGUAACUGUGAUACUACAAAAACUCGUAUAACACGCUUUGCUAAUUACUUGCGCAAUUUGUUGCCAUCAUCUGAUGUGGGGGUCAUGGAACUGGCUGCAAAGACUGUAGGACGAUUAGCAACUGUAUCUGGUGUCAAAAGAGCUGAAUAUGUCGAAUUUGAAGUUAAACGGGCUUUUGAAUGGCUCUCAGAAGAAAGAAACGAAGGCCGCAGGCAUUCAGCUGUUUUACUCCUCAAAGAGAUGGCCAUUGCGAUGCCGACUUACUUCUAUCAACAAGUUUCGGGUUUCUUUGAUCAUAUCCUGGUUGCAUUGAAAGAUCCAAAGCAACAAAUAAGAGAAGCGGCUGCUAAAGCUUUAAGAGCUGGUUUUGUAGUUACUGCCCAAAGAGAAACUGCUAAACAGUCAACUUCUAAACCUCAGUGGUACAUGCAGUGCUAUGAAGAAGCCAUGGCUUCAUUUGAAGAUAUUCCUAUAAAAGAAAAAGGUAUUACCAAAGAAGAUAGAGUUCAUGGAGGGCUUCUGAUCUUAAAUGAACUCCUGAGAUGUUCAAAUGCAACAUGGGAAAGAAAAUAUUCAACUCUCAUGCAAAGUUUGGACACACAAAAGGACAUCACAGUAACAGAUGAUAUUAUUUUCAUAAGUUCAAAAAUACACAGUCCAUCUGUGAAGAGAGGAUAUUUAUGUGAUGGUUUUAAGACUGAAAAUGUUCAGUACCCAGUUCCUAUUUAUGAAUCUGAAGUUUGCUGUAAAUUACUGACUGAAAAAUUUGAAACCAUCUGUCAAGAUGUAAUGGCUCAAAGAAUGUUUAAAACUCAAGGAGUUCCACAGAUACUACUUAUCAUAAUCCCAAGACUGGCUGCUUUCAAUAAAGAACUGUUCCUAAAAAAAUACCUCAGUGGCACAAUGCAUUAUCUCCUCUCAUCUCUUCGCAGCAGAGAAAAGGAUCGUAACAUGGCUUUUACUACUCUUGGCCUUAUGGCAGCCGCAAUUGAAGAUGAUAUCAAACCAUACAUCCCAAGAAUAAUGGAUGUUGUCAAGCAGGCCUUACCCAUCAGAGAUUCACAAACCAAAAAAAGAAUUUGGAUUGAUCCCUCAAUCUUUGCCUGCAUUACUUUGUUGGCAAGUGCUGUCAAAGACUUAGUCACCAAUGAUAUAAAAGAACUGCUUGAUGCCAUGUUUGCCACAGGCCUUAGCCCAUCUUUGACCAUAUGUCUCAAGGAAUUGAGUUACCACUUACCAACACUCAGGACUGAAAUUUCAGAAGGAUUGCUGAACAUGCUUUCUCUUGUUUUGAGGAAUAAACCUUUUCUUCAUCCAGGGGUCCCAAGAAGCUUGGAACAACAACUGAGCAAUAUGAGUCUGGUUAUCGAGCCUCAGGAUACUGCUAGCAUUGUGCUAGCUCUAAGAACUCUUGGCACAUUCCACUUUGAAGGUCAACAUAGUUUACUAACAUUUGUAAGGCGCUGUGCUGACCACUUCAUACAAAGUGAUCAACAGGAGGUGAGAUUGGAAGCUGUAAAAACCUCUGCUAAGCUUCUAGCUGAUGCUAUAGUGAGAACCAUGAAGACACCUUCAAGAACUUUAACUAUGCUCACUGCAGAAGUGGUGGGAAAAUUGUUGGUGGUGUCAGUUACAGAUCCCGACUAUGAAGUUCGCUAUUGGGUUCUAGAAUCAUUGACUGAGAUAUUCAACAUUCAUUUAGCACAAGUUGAAAAUCUUAGCUUCCUUUUCAUUGCUAUGAAUGAUGAACAGUUAGAAAUUCGAGAGUUAGCCAUAUGCACCAUUGGGCGAUUAAGUACUGUAAAUCCUGCUUAUGUGAUGCCAGGAUUGAGGAAAACAAUGAUACAUUUUCUUACUGAGGUGGAACAUUCUGGCAUGAGCAGAAAUAAAGAACAAGCUGCGAGAAUGUUGGAUAACCUGAUACUGCAUGCUCCUAGCCUGGUCAAACCAUACAUGGAAACAAUACUGAAUGUACUUGUCCCGAAACUGAAAGAGUCUGACUCUAAUCCAGGUGUCGUGAUUAGUAUUUUGAAAGCUGUAGGAGAUUUAGCUGAUGUUCAUGGCGACAACACUGGGCUCAAACAGUGGCUGCCAGAAAUGCUGACCACCCUUUUGGAAUUACUGUCAGAUGCCAGUGCCCAUGAAAAGAGAAGUGUUGCUUUAUGGGCUUUUGGUCAACUUGUCAGUGCUACAGGCUAUGUGGUCACUCCAUAUACUGAAUAUCCAAAUCUCAUGGAUGUGCUACUCAAUUUUUUGAAGACUGAGCAACAACCAAAAGAUAGAAGAGAAACUAUUCGGGUUUUGGGUUUAUUAGGGGCAUUGGAUCCAUACAAACACAAAAUGACGAAACGACUUUUAGAGGGUCCACCUGACUCCAGCUUGGUUCCUGUGACUGACAGCAAAGCUGAAGAAAACAACUUCGACAUGACCACCAGCGAGAUGCUAGUAAACAUGUCGUCGCCAGUGCUGGAGGAGUACUACCCAGCGAUCGUCAUAUCUACCUUGAUGCGAAUAUUACGGGAUCCCACUUUACAACAGCAUCACACGAGUGUUGUUCAAGCUGUGACUUUCAUAUUCCAGUCUCUUGGAAUUAAAUGCGUGCCAUAUAUAUCACGGGUUACACCCAGUCUGCUCUAUGUAGCGCGAGCGACAGAUAAUAAUGAUUUUCGCAAGUUCCUUUUUACGCAGUUGGCGAAACUCAUUGCCAUUGUAAAACAACAUAUACGUAACUACUUAGACAAAAUCUUCGACCUGAUCAAAGAGUUCUGGACACCAAACAGUCCCCUGCAACCCACAUUGAUACUACUAGUGGAACAUAUUGCUGUGGCACUUGGAUCAGAAUUCAAGGUAUACCUGCCGCAGCUAAUGCCACAGAUACUUCGAGUCCUGGCUCAUGAUACCAGUAAAGACAGAUUUGUUACGGAAAAACUUCUUUUUGCUUUGCAAAAGUUUGAGGACAAUUUAGAUGACUACAUGCAUUUAGUCAUUCCGUCUAUAGUAAAAUUGUUCGACGCCUCUGACUGUCCUGUGACCGUAGCCAAAGUUGCUAUGGAAACAGUUGAUUACCUGUCAGAUUCCUUGAACUAUACGGAGUUGAUUUCUAGAAUCAUUCACCCGCUCGUCAGGAGCCUGGACACCUGCCCUACUCUGCGACCCACGGCGAUGGACACGUUAUGUGCUUUAAUUGUCCAACAAGGUCGCAAAUACAACGACUUUAUACUUCUUGUGCAGAAAGUAAUUGCAAAGCACAGAAUUCAGCAUCAGAACUAUGAAUUGCUGAUAUCGAAGUUGCAGUCGAAUUCAUCUCUAGGUGUGGAUGAUUUUUUACAGAGUACGAGACGUAAACCAAAGAAUAAUAAUCAGGAGGCUCGCCUUGUAAUAUGCGACUUGUCGCAAUCGAGUCGCAAGUUAUAUGUGAAUGCUCACAACUUGAAGCUCGCGUGGACAGUCAGCAGUCGAGUAUCGAAGGAUGAUUGGCUCGAGUGGUUGCGACGCUUCAGCAUCGGCCUACUCACCGAGUCACACAGCCCAGCUUUAAGAGCAUGUUUGGCGCUAGCUCAUAAUUAUUCUCAACUGCUUCGAGACUUGUUUAACGCAGCUUUCGUCUCGUGUUGGACUGAACUGGAAGGGCCUUCGCGCACUGAACUAUCGAAUGCUUUGGAACAAGCCCUCACGGCUCCCGAUGCUCCGGAACUGGCACACACGGUGCUUAACUUGGCAGAAUUCAUGGAACAUUGCGAAGGCGGCGCGUUGCCAAUAUCAACUCACUUGCUUGGAGAGAGAGCCAUGCAUUGCAGAGCUUAUGCUAAGGCGUUGCACUACAAGGAAGAAGAAUUCCGCAAUGGUGCAACAUCUCAAGUAGUAGAAGCACUUAUUCAUAUAAAUAACAAAUUGCAACAAAAGGAAGCUGCAGAAGGUCUCCUUGAGAGAGUGAUGGCUCAACGUGAAGCUGGCGAUAUGACAUUAAAAGUUCAAAUACGUUGGUACGAAAAAUUGCACAAUUGGGAGAAAGCACUCAAUUUAUAUGGAGAAAAGUUAGAAGAAGAACCUGAAAAUAUGGAAUCUUGCCUCGGUCAACUACGCUGUUUUGAAGCUUUAGGUGAAUGGGUGAAGUUAUACAAUACGGUGUCCACCCGGUGGAUGAAAAUGACAGAUGAUGAGAAGUUCAAAGCAGCGAGACUCGCCGCGGCCGCCGCCUGGGGCAUGAACGAGUGGGAUUCAAUGACUAGUUAUGUCAAUUUCUUGCCAGAAAAUACACAGGACGGAGCCUUCUAUCGAGCUGUUCUCAGUAUACACAAUGGCGAUUUCGACCUAUCGAAACUGUACAUCGAUCAAGCACGAACGAUUUUAGAUUCUGAACUUACAGCCGUUGCCGGCGAGAGCUACCAAAGAGCUUACGGAGCACUGGUCAAUGCUCAAUUAUUAGCUGAACUUGAGGAGGUAAUAACGUACAAACUAGUUCACGAGAGAAGAGAAUCUAUUCGUCAAGCUUGGUGGAGCAGACUUCAAGGCGGCCAAAGACUAGUUGAGGAUUGGCGAAAGAUUCUUCAAGUACGUAGUUUGGUGUUGACGCCUCAGGAGGAUAUGGCCACAUGGCUAAAGUUCGCAUCACUGUGCAGGAAGAGCGGAGCCCCGCGCCAGGCACACAGGACUUUAGUAAUGUUGUUAGGCACCGAUCCUAGUCAGAAUCAGGAACUACCUCUGCCUACUCACGAGCCGAGGUUAACUCUGGCGUACGCUAAACAUUUGUGGGUGGCUGGAGAUAAACAACUGGCAUUUGACCAGCUGCAACUCUACGUGGAUACUGCAGAGACUGGCGACCCAGAACAUUGCCGGCUGCUAGCUCGCUGCCACUUGAAACUAGGAUCUUGGUGCGAGUCCUUACUGGGGAUCAACGACUUGUCUAUUCCUGAAAUUUUACGCAAUUAUGCAUAUGCUACAGAACUAGCACCCGACUGGUACAAAGCUUGGCAUGCAUGGGCCUACAUGAACUUUGAAACUGUCUUGUUCUAUAAGCACCAAGAAAAUAACCUCGAAAAUUCUCAAAUUGGGGAGAGAAGACCCGCCCCAGAAUACAUUCAGCUGCACACUGUGCCUGCCGUUGAAGGGUUCUUCAAAUCAAUAAACCUCUCUCAUGGCAGCUCCCUUCAAGACACUUUGAGGCUCCUUACGUUAUGGUUCGACUAUGGUCAUCACCCGGCAGUGCACGAAGCAUUGUUGGAAGGCAUUAGAACCAUCGAAAUCAACGUGUGGCUUCAAGUGAUACCGCAACUUAUUGCCAGGAUCGAUACUCCAAGAGCUUUGGUGGGCAAAUUGAUUCAUUCGCUUCUAAUCGACAUCGGAAAGUCGCAUCCCCAAGCGCUCGUAUACCCGCUGACGGUUGCUUCGAAGUCAUCGUUUGUCGCUCGAAAGAACGCCGCCAAUCAGAUUUUGAAAUCAAUGUGUACCCACUCUAGUAACUUGGUUAACCAGGCAGCUAUGAUUUCGGAGGAGUUGAUUCGAGUUGCAAUUUUAUGGCACGAGCAGUGGCACGAAGCAUUAGAGGAAGCGUCCAGACUUUACUUCAGCGAACACGACGUGAAAGCUAUGUUCAAGACUCUCGAGCCUCUUCACGCGAUGCUGGAGCGAGGUCCGCAGACACUUAAAGAGGUGUCGUUCAGUCAGGCUUAUGGAAGAGAUUUAAAUGAAGCGCAGGAAUGGUGCAACCGAUAUAAGGAAUCGGGCCUAGUGCGUGACUUGAACCAGGCGUGGGACCUGUACUACCACGUGUUCCGGCGCAUCAGCCGGCAGCUGCCGCAGCUGACGUCUCUCGAGCUGCAGUAUGUGAGCCCACGGCUGCUCGGCUGCCGCGACUUGGAGCUCGCGGUGCCCGGCUCCUACGUGCCCGACCAGGACCUCAUCCGCAUCGCUCUCAUACAGAGCAGUUUGUCGGUGAUAACAUCGAAACAACGACCUCGCCGCCUCUGCAUCCGAGGUUCAAACGGGAAAGACUAUAUGUUCCUGCUGAAGGGACACGAAGACUUACGACAGGACGAACGAGUUAUGCAACUGUUCGGCCUAGUCAACACUCUGUUGCAAGCAGAUCCGGAUACCUUCCGAAGAGACCUGGCCAUCCAGAGAUAUGCAGUCAUACCUCUCUCUACCAACUCUGGACUCAUUGGCUGGGUACCCCAUUGUGACACACUACACUCGCUUAUAAGAGACUACAGAGACAAGAGGAAGUGUCUUCUUAAUAUUGAACACAGGAUCAUGCAAAGGAUGGCGUCGGAUUUGGAAAAAUUGAUGCUGAUGCAAAAGGUGGAAGUAUUCGAACACGCUUUAGAGCACACAGCAGGCGAUGAUUUAGCUAAACUCCUCUGGCUUAAAAGUCCGUCUUCAGAAGUGUGGUUCGAGCGGCGCACCAACUACACCAGAUCCCUCGCCGUCAUGAGCAUGGUGGGCUACAUCCUCGGGCUCGGGGACCGACACCCCUCCAACAUCAUGCUGGAUAGAGUCACCGGCAAGUUUCUUCACAUCGACUUCGGAGAUUGCUUCGAAGUCGCCGUGACGAGGGACAAGUUCCCCGAGAAAAUACCGUUCAGACUAACCAGGAUGCUUAUCAAUGCUAUGGAGGUAACGGGCAUCGAAGGCACAUAUCGCCGCACGUGCGAAUCGGUGAUGGAAGUGUUGCACCGCCACAAGGACAGCGUGAUGGCGGUGUUGGAGGCGUUCGUGUACGACCCGCUGCUGAACUGGCGGCUCAUAGACGCGGGGCGGCGCUCGCGGGACGCUUGCGAGGCGGGGGCGCCAGCGGGGACGUCGGGGGCGGGGGCGGCGGCGGGGGCGGCCGCGGAGUCGCCGCAGCCGAGCAGGAGCCGCGCGCCACUCGGGGUGUCCGACCCGCUGGACCAGCCCGCAGAGACCAACCUCAACAAGCGCGCGCUCGCCAUCGUCAACCGCGUUCGCGACAAGCUCACCGGCCGCGACUUCCAGCAUAUCGACGAAGUCGUCUCCGUCCAGAGGCAAGUCGACCUUCUCAUUCAACAGGCGACAAGCAACGAGAAUCUAUGCCAGUGCUACGUUGGGUGGUGCCCGUUCUGGUAAAGGUUUAAGUGUCCGCGGUCCUCAUAGUCUCAGUAGCCUUGCUUGUAAGUGAAUAUUUGGAUUUUGUGAUUUUGAUACGUGUUUUUGUAAUGAUACUAUGUUCUAUUAAGUUCUAUUAUAUAAUUUUAGUCAAAGUAUGUAACAGUAGAUUAAGCUAGAUUAAGGUUCGGGUGAAAUUCUGUUCAAUAAAUACGCAUUUGAAACUAAUGUGAUGUGGUAGUAGCGUGUAAGAUUGUGUGUUUUAAGAUGUUUUACUUCGUUUACAGUCGUGGUGCUAUAUAAGAUUGAGAUAAGAUAACGAGUGAUAAAAGAAAUGAAAAUAAGUAAAGGUUUGAUGAACAAGGAGAUAGCAAUCAUAAGUUUUUGAUGAAAAAAAUUGUGGUGCGAUCAAAUAAGCCUAAGUAUAGUUGAAAAGAGGAUUUACGAGAGCCAUGAGCGUAAAAUGAAGCAUCUAAAUCGGGAUAAAUUUGUGGGUAUUUUUUUAUUUCAAACCGAAUACCAUAAAAUUAUAAUAAAACAUUUGAUUUUGUUUGCAUUUAAAUUAGGUGUUUUUUUUAAAUUAAUUAGUAUGAAUUUAAUUAUAAUUUUGAUGCCUAUUAACUAAGUCAAAACUCGACGAAAAUUACCUACUCGUAAUUAAUUGUAAUUGUCUUUAUUUACUGUAAAUCUCGCAAGCACUGUUUUAUAUGUCGGAAACAGCUUGUUAUUCAGGUAAAUAAUAAAAUAAUGCAUUUAUA